GUGGUAAAACUCCAAAAAGAUGGUUCUGUGCGUUCUAUUUGAAAAUGCAAAUAUUACGUAGGUUGUGUUUUUCAUGUUUUUAUUCAAUUUAUACCCUUUUUUAUGUUGAAUUUUAGUUAAUUGUAAUUAAUUAUCGUAAUACUAGUGUUGCAAAGUGUCGUGAACUUGAUAUUUGUCUUACAUCUGUGUAAUAACUUCAACGUUUUCGUGUUAUCGUCUUCCUCACUACUUUAUAUGAUACGAAUCAAUUAAUGAAUGAAAGUUUGAAAGUGCAUCAAAAAUUCCAUUUCCUUGAAGCAGUAACUUCAAUAUCGUCGUAUGUGGACUUCGAAAGAAAUUCAGAUCUCAAAUAUUCGUGGAAAAUAUUUCUGAGAAAUAAUCAUCUGGUACUCUCAAGAAUGGGUUAAAAGUUAGCUAUUCCAUCUCCGGUGGAACUAGAAUUGUGUUUUGUACGAAGCAUUAGUUUUAUGCUUGGUAUAACAUGUCUUUCAUAAGUGGUUUGAAAAAUUUGCUUCAUUUUGGCAACAAUGAAGCGAAAAAGAAGAAAGUUUUCAACAACAUUAAAAUCGACAUUAACCCAGAGGAGUAUUGGGAGAUGAUCGGCGAGCUUGGCGAUGGAGCUUUUGGAAAAGUUUACAAAGCCCAACAUAGAGAUACGAGACAAUUGGCUGCUGCGAAAAUUUGUAUAUUAGAAGACGAAGAUGAUUUAUCGGAUUUUAUGAUAGAAAUAGACAUAUUAUCAGAAUGCAAACAUCCGAACAUAGUCGGCCUUCACGAAGCAUUUUUUAUCAGCGGAAAGUUAUGGAUGUUGAUAGAAUAUUGCGACGGAGGAGCUUUAGAUUCGAUUAUGGUUGAAUUAGAGAAACCUCUUACAGAACCUCAGAUUGCAUACGUUUGCAAAAAUAUGUGCCAAGCGCUUGCAUUCUUACAUUCGCAUAAAGUAAUCCAUCGUGAUCUAAAAGCGGGCAACGUAUUGCUCACCAUAGACGGUGGAGUAAAGUUAGCUGAUUUUGGCGUAUCGGCUAAAAAUAAGCUUACGCUUCAGAAACAUGAUACUUUCAUUGGUACACCAUAUUGGAUGGCUCCGGAAGUCGUGUUAUGUGAAACGUUUCGAGAUAAUCCGUAUGAUUUUAAGGUCGACAUAUGGUCACUGGGUAUAACGUUAAUCGAAUUUGCUCAAAUGGAACCGCCAAAUCAUGAAAUGUCACCGAUGCGAGUUCUUUUAAAAAUACAGAAAUCCGAUCCACCGAAAUUGGAUCAGCCUUCCAAGUGGUCAAAGGAGUUCAACGAUUUUAUAGCCAAAGCCUUAAUAAAAGAUCCUAGUCAACGUCCCACUGCAGACGAAUUGCUCAAACUUCCUUUCAUACAUAGAGACAUAGAUUCGAAAUCUAUCCGCGAUUUAUUAUCAGAAUAUAAGGCUGAAGUUGUCGAAGAAGAAGUAGUCGACGAAGAUGCUGACGAGCCCCGCACUUGUCCAUUAAGGCUGGACUUGGAAGAAGAUUCUGCUUCUCUCAAAAGUGAUCCGGAAAUUAAGAUUCACGAAGAAACCGAGUCUGCGGAGACGGAUAAGCAGCUUGAUAGAAAAACUCGAGAAGAUGCGAAGAUAAAGACUGAAUCCAGUGUUGAGCCGAAAUCGUCCGAUGUUAAAUUGAUAUCCAAAAAACCGGAAGGCCCCGAAAGGCGUCUAUCGCACGAUAAAGGCCCAGCACCUAAACCACCCUCGUUACCUACGCCGGUGCUGCCGGUCGUAGAGAAUGCACCAUCUCCGCCUCCUACAUCAACAACACCACCACCACCAACAACACCAACAGCAGCAGCAGCAGCAGUACCAAUACCAGCAUCACCACCAACCCUAGCUGUCGCCGCGGCCGCAGCAGCAGCUAAAGCUUCUACGCCGCGCAUUGAAUCGUUACCAGCAUCAUACUCAGAACCGGAACCAGUUGAAGAAAAAUUACCCUCGAAACAGGAGGUAUUCUUCGAUAAUCGAGACACCGGCGUCGACGAAUCGCCCGACAUCGAAGACUCGUCGAGUAUUAAACCGUCCAGAAAAACGUCUUCCUCCAGCCGAACAGAACCAAGCCAGUUUGAAUCUUCGUCGAGUGCGGAACCGCGUAGAAAAUCCAUCGAUCAGGUGGAUUUCGAUCACCAACGACAACCACAGCCACAUCAACAUCAGCAACGUAAUUCUUCGGCCGUUAAAUCAUCCCAUUUGAAUGGCAAACGAAAAUCAUCCGGCGAUUUAAUAGAAAGCAAGAGGGAUAUCGAAGCGGACGAUAUAAAAUCGUCGUGUCCUCUGCAUAAGCGUCCCAUUGGUAAAGUGCCUCAACCCGUUAGACCAGUUUCGAUGGUGAAUAACGCCAACGAGAUGUCCGCCAAUGAUCGCAAAACGUUCGAUGAACCUGAUCGUCGGGGACGAAAUAGAAGCUCCUCGGUUUCAAAUCGUAAUCGUAGACGACCAUCGCCGCCAUCGUUGGAUAGAGUUUUACAAAUACAAGCUACCGAUAAAAUACUUAAUAAAAACGAGAUCUUCGCCAGAGACGAUAUCGGCGCGGAUGAUGUGUUCAAAAAUCAACCUUUCGGUGCGAAAAAUACCCCCAAAGAUUCGGCUUCCAAUAUCGUUAUAUCUUCCGGUAGCAGUGGCAGCGGCGGCGGUGCCGAUUCGUCGAAUAAAUCGAACGCCACCACUGUACGUAUAAAUCCGCUCGAAGAUGUGUCGAACGAAUCCCUCGAAUCGAAUAUAACCAUAGUUACCACUACACAUCCGCCAAUUCUGCAUCAACUUCCGCAUCACGGCAGCGAUGACAGCGACGGCGUUAUCAAUCAUAGUAAUCGAUUUUCAUCCAAUCAGGUCGUUAUCGUAGCCAACGAGAAUAAUAAAACCAGAAUUAACGAUUCGUCGGACGACGAGACUAGUGGCGAAGUAUUGGUGAUUAAUUCUCCACCGUCGCGGUCUCAGAAUGAUAUCACGUAUUGCCAAGAUACCAGCCAUGUUUCCGUUAUCACUGUUGGUGAAGAUGAUACACCGCUUAGAGUGAAAGAUUCCAGAAUCGAGGAUUAUCCUCCGUGGGAUUCAACUAUGUCGAUUGACGAAACACCAAGCUCUCAUAAGAAGAGCACUUCCAUUGUUGUACCAGUAUCUGCGACGUCUUCCCCAAUUACUGUUCUUCCAGAAAAUAAACAAAAUGGAGACGCUGUGAUGAAUCGUACCGAUGCCGACGAUGUACUGAUUAUUGUUAAUAAUAAAGAGAAAUCACGUAUUCCUCAGGAUCGUCUCGCGUAUAAUUUAGAAAAACGUAUUUCUCCGGCGAGGUCGAGUUGUUACUCAGAUGAUACAGGAUCGGUUAGAAGUAGCGGAGGGCAACAGACUCCUCCUUCAGCUGCUAGUACUAGAACCUUUGACAGGUCCGAUGCCGAAAGCAUAUCUACCACUACUAGUCAAGACAGCCGUGGUAGUAAUAAAGAGAACAAUAGACCAGAGGACGAGGCUGUUAUAUUGAGAAAGAAGGCUGAUUAUAAUAGGAAAGAUAAUCGUAAUAGUAGAUCGAUAUCGAAAGAAGAAUCCGAACUUAGAGCGUUGAAGAAGAAAACGCGUAAACGAACGCGUAAAUUUGAAAUAGACGGCGUUAUCGUUACGACUACGACGAGCAAAGUCAUCUACGGAGAUGAAGAUCCAAAUUACGGAUACGACGAUCAACUCUUCAGAAAACAAGAACUACGCGAGCUCAAGGUAUUACAGAAACAAGAACAAAAACAAUUUCAAGAUUUUUCCAUAAAAACGCAAAACGCCAAAGAUGUUCAGGAGAAACGUUUCGAACAAGAGAAAAACGCUUUAUUGAAACAAUACGAAACUGAUCUAGACAACAUGACUAGACAACAAAGACAACAAAUCGAACGAACCGAAGCGCAACAAGAAGCCGAGCUUAGGUUAUCGUCGAAACGUAUCCGAGCCGAGCAAGAACGUGAACUCAAAGAAUUCCGCGAAAGUCAAAAACAAGAGCUUAGGUUACUUAAACAAGAAAUCGAUCUUAUGCCCAAGGACAAAAGGAAAUCUAUGUUCAAAGAAAGAAAAGAAAAAUUGGAGAAAGAUCACGAAGAAAAGGAAAAGGUAUUUUUAGAGAAAUUGAACGAAAAUCACGAAAGUUCGUUGAGACGUCAAAGUGAUUCGCAUAGGGAAAAAAUUGCCCUAAUGGAGAGACAGUUUUUACAGCAGAAACAACAAUUAAUGAGAGCCAGAGAGUCUGACUUAUGGGAUAUGGAAGAGAAACAAAUUCACGAACGUCAGCAGACAGCCAAAAGACAACUCAAAGAUGGAUUUUUCUUGCAAAGGCAUCAAAUGCUAAUUCGACACGAGAAAGAACUCGAACAGAUGAAAAGAAUGAAUAUUCGUAAAGAAGAGGAAGUAAUAAAACGUCAAGCAUUAGAGAAGCGAGCAUUACCAAAACGUAUUCGUUCGGAAAUGAAAGCCAGAGAGAUGAUGUUCAAAGAGUCGAUACGUAUUAAUAUGGCUACCAAUCCGGAUCCGGAAUUGGAAAGGAAUCGUUUCAAAAAAUUUCAAGAGAACGAAAAGAAAAGAUACAAAGCAGAAACAUUACGAUUCGAAUUGAAACAUCAACGUCAACUUGAAGAGCUACGAAUCGCUUCAGAAACUGCUAUCAAAGAAUUGGAGCAGCUGCAGAAUGAAAAAAGAAAAAUGCUCAUGGAACACGAGACGUCGAAACUAAAACAAUUGGAGGAGGCCAAUAUUAGAGAACUGAAAGAAUGGAAGAGUCAACUUAAGCCCAGAAAACAGAGGCUCGAGGAACUAUUUGCUCAGCAAUUAGAACAAGAAAAUGCAUCGUACGGUUUACCAGCGUGCAAUCAAUUACCCUCGGAUUUGUGCGAAUUACCUGCGCAUAUUCCUCCGUCGAAUUAUAAUCGAGGAUCGACAAGAAGUAGCUUAUCUUCGGUAUCGGCUGAUUGAUUAUCAGUGCAGUGCGCUUUUAUUAUUGUUCUUUUUUUUAUGUAUUUACUUCAAUUAUUGUGUAUUUAUGUAGACUUGUAUUAUCGUUCGUUUUUAUUUUUCUUACGUAUGCAUAUAAACGGAAUGUUUAUAUCAUUAAUAAUGACGACUCUGACUCUUGGACUUGAUGUCUCUAUUACGUUAUUAUUUAUUCUAUGUAGUUUAAAUUUUCGUACAGUUUUCUUCGGUUAUUUUUUUUCCAAACUUCUGUGAAGUAAACCGACGAUUAAAACUCACGAAAAUUUAUUACCAUCGCAUAUAAGUAAUUUAUGUUGGUUUUACGCGAACAAAUAUCAUUUCUUUUUUUUUUUUUUCAUCGUAAUCGUAAUUCAGGUGCCAUGAUUCCAAUCGUAUUCUAUUUAUAAAUUGGUUUCAUAUCCAACUUCGAGCAAAUGUUGUAAACAGUUACCUGUAAAAUUGCGAAAUUUUACAACGUGUCGAUGACGUCGUAUCAUAUAACUCGAACGUAUGUAUACUCCGAUUACGAUGACCUUUUUUUUUUAUAUUGUAUGUAUAUUAUUUAUUUUUAUAUCGUUUAUAAAUGUUAGUUGAAUUCAGUGACAGAUUUUUUAUUACUUUUUUCCAACCGAAUUUCACCGUUGCCGUUGAAUUUUUUUUUUAUUGUUUUCAAUUGUUUGUAUUUUUGUUGUUUAUUGUGUAAUCUAUUUUUUUUUAAUAUGCUGUUCAUCGAUACCUAGUGUAAAACGAAGCCUUGUAAGCCAAGUAGUUGAUUAUUAUGUUCCUAGUAGAAUUUUCUAAAUCAAAAUACUAUACAUGUGUAAUUCGUUUGAGAUGUACGAACGGAGGGAUUUUACGAGAACAUAUGAAAACUUGUUGGUUUUUUCGAAGGAAUGAAAAUAUGAAAAGAAAGGUGGGAGGGGGUUAUCUAUUUAUGAAGAAAAUGAAAAAGAUAAACGAAUAAUGAAAACGCGUUUAGGUAAUUUAUUAGUUGGGGAUUUUGGAUAAAUGUGUAAAUAUUUUUGUUAUGCUUAUUAUUCGACUUUAAUUAUUUUAUAAUUUUUUUUUCUAAAUUAAUUUAAUGAACAAAAUUAUUCUGUUAACAAUUUCAUGUAACAUACUAACUAUCAAAAAGUAAUAUACUUUAUUUUUAUUGUU